AUGAUAACCAAAGCCGGAGUUCCCUCCAAUCAGAUUGUCGUUGGUGUGGCUAGCUACGCGCGUUCCUUCCAGAUGACCGAAGCUGGAUGCUGGGACGAGAGUUGCACUUUUGUCGGGCCGAACUUGGGGGCAGUUCCAGGCCCAUGCACAAACGGCGCUGGCUAUAUCUCUAAUGCUGAGCUGGCAGCGAUUAUGGAAGACGAAGAUGUCUACAUGUAUAUCGACAAAACUUCCAAUUCCAACAUCAUGGUGUGGAAUGACACUCAGUGGGCUGCAUUCAUGGACGACGAUACCAAGGCCGUUCGCAAAGAGCUGUAUGCUAGUAUGAACUUCCUUGGACCGGCCGACUGGGCCAUUGACCUGCAAACCUCCAAUGAUACAUUGGGUUCAAACGCCUCAUCCGAAUCUUGUCAGAUCUCCAUCGAGCCCUCCAUCUGGAGUGAUGACAAUCCAGUCAUUACCGCCCAGUCCGGGUGCACAAUUAUAUGGCCUCCGAUGCCACUGAGCAGCACCACUACAAUCUCUUUCUCUGGAUGGACGACACGUCUCACCUGGCAGUCAACCUCAACAAAGACAAUGACGUUUGAGGAUAAUUCGACUUUAGUGUACCACGCAUAUUGUGACAUUGUGGUGCCCACCGUUCUCUCAAUCGCUCCCGUCACAACGGAUGCCAUUCCAGUUUGGCAUCAGGUUCCAUCGUCAGGCCAGACUGUUAUGUACCAGACAAGCUCAGUGCUUCCUAGCCCAUUCCCCGUUGUCAUGACUCCUACCGUGGGUGGUACCACCACCAUUAUUGGAGGAACUAGCACUACUAUGCCUGGGUUCACUUUCUCUUCUGGCAAUAUCACCUACGCGAUGCCCUCUUGGAUCGACGUGUACGGAGGUGGAAGUGGCAGUGGCAGCGACAGCGGUGCCGGUGACGACGAUGAUACUACCACGUGGACGUCCACGUCGACAGAAAGUGGGCGCUAUGACACUUUGCCCGGCAUGGCCUCUGCGAUUGCUGAGGAUGAAUUUGAAUCUACCACGAAUGCUCUCACGGCCUUUCAGGCGUUGGGGACCGCUGAAUCCGGGCUCAUGGCCUCUAUCUGGGGCGAUGGGCCCACUGCUUCAGCCACGAGGACAGCGACAGGAACCGCAACCACUAAAGCUACUGGCACCGUCGGUACUGCCACAGCAACGGCAACUGGCUGCAGCAAUACACUGGGCUGCACCGUCUUUCAAGACCCAGAUCACGGUAGCGAUUCCUACUGCCAGUGCCCAGGUUACGACGGUUCCUUGCCUCUGCUCACGGGCUCUGCCAGCUUCUGUGGCUAUACAUCCCUGCCCACGACAACAUCCAAGGCUGCCACCACCACCAGAGCCACGGUCCCCUACCCCUAUACCUUCACUGACAUUUACGGUGUUGUGGUCGCCUGUGAGGCGGAAACAUCCCUCAAUUACGCUGGCUACGCCGUCACCGAGUGUGCUGGCUCAAGAACCACGCAGAAGGAUGUAACCAUUACAGUGACCGAGGUAGUCACCAUCUCUGCCAUGAAUAAAUUGUGCGAGGGCGGCGGCUAUUUUGCAUGCGUCCAGCUUACGGAGGACACUGGUAUACUUGGGUGUCCGGAGCUUCCGAGGGCCAAAGAGAAAUGUGAGCAACCUAUCUUCUACCAGGCACAGUCAUUAUGUGGGGAACGGUGUACGUACACGUCGUCGACUUACACCACGACCUACGCGACGCUAGCACCAUAA